AGAAAAUAAAAUAAUAUUGUCCAAACAAGAGUUUCUUGGUUCAAAAAAUCCGUUCAAAAUAUUCAUUUUAUUAUUAUUAAUUAUCAAUUUCUUGAGAGAAAAGCAUCGAAUUUAUUUUUGUUAUCAUAUGAAUUUGAUGUUAUAUUAUGAGUAAACUAAAGAAUAGCUUUACUUGAAUUAAUGUAUAGUCUCAAAUUUUUACGCUGCACCAUUUCUAACUGUUUUGAUAAUCAUAAAUUUUGAUCAUCAAUAACUUAGAACUCCGAAACAUUAUCAAGCAUUUCUACAACAAUGGACUUUAAAUUGAUUGCUCUUAUUGUAAUAGUCGGACUGUUGUCAGUUAUCGGAAAUGUCUGGGCUGAAGACGACAGGUCUUCAGCAAGUGGCAUUGUAAUCACCGAUGGAUCAGUAUCGAGCGCGCCUAUUGGAGAUGACUCUUCAGCAAAUGGCUAUGGAACUGGCGAUGGAUCAGUAUCAAGCGCGCCCAUUGGAGACGACUCUUCAGCAACUAGCUCUGGAUCUGGCGAUGGAUCAGGAUCGAGCGUUCCUAUUGGAGACGAGUCUCCAGCAAGUGGCUAUGGAACUGGCAAUGACGAGUCCCCAGCAAGUGGCGAUGAAACUGACUAUGGAUCAGGAUCGAGCACUCUUAGGAGAGACCCCUCUCCACUUAGUCUCGAUAGAACUGGCUAUGGAUCAGGAUCGAGCGUUCCUAUUGGAGACGACUCUUCAGCAACUAGCUCUGGAUCUGGCGAUGGAUCAGGAUCGAGCGUUCCUAUUGGAGACGAGUCUCCAGCAAGUGGCUAUGGAACUGGCAAUGACGAGUCUCCAGCAAGUGGCGAUGAAACUGGCUAUGGAUCAGGAUCGAGCACUCUUAGGAGAGACCCCUCUCCACUAAGUCGCGAUAGAACUGGCUAUGGACCAGAAGAACACGCUUCUGAGAAGUGUUGCCGCGGAGUCGAAAAUAACAAGACGAGACGAGAUAAAAAGAUUUGAUAUCGAGAUUUGGUCGAGACAAGGCAAAAAUAUUUUCUAAAAGACGAGAAGUCUUAAAUAUUAUAUAACUAAUUGAAAAAAAAUAUUAUUGCUAAGUUAAGAUUCUCUUAAAGAAAAUAAAAUAUUUAAAACAUUAUAAAGUUCAGAUUUUUGAUGUCAUCAGGUCCUAAAAACUACGAGAUACUGUCAAAUAAUUUUUUUAUGUAAAUUUUUUUCUCAACAUUGAAUAAAAUUUGACUAAUAUAAUAAUAAAAACAUUUAUCAUUAAAUAAUACUUCAGUAAAGAAUCAACGUAGAAUGUUUAAAUUUUAUUUUUUGGCGACUCGCAAUUUUCUGUUUCAAGUCUGGCUUACAGCAUAAUAUAAUUUGUAAAAGUUAUUGUACACUGAAAAAAUAAAAACUAUGAAGA